AUGGUGGAUGCGGAGGACAGUGCAGAUGUGGCCAAGUUUAAGGUUCAAGACCCUUACAGCAAAAAGGAGGAGCUGCUUAAACAGUUGGAAGACCUGAAGGUGGAGCUGUCCCAGCUGCACAUUGCCAAAGUGACAGGUGGCAGGGCUUCUAAACUGUCCAAGAUCCCAGCUGUUUGCAAACCCACUGCUCGUGUUCUCACCGUCAUCAGCCAGACUCAGAAAGAGAACCUCAGGAAAUUCUACAAGGGUAAGAAGGAUAAGCCCUGGGAUCUGCAGCACAAGAAGACACAUGCCCUUUGCCACCAGCUGACCAAGCAGGAGGAGAACCUGAAGACCAAGAAGCAGCAGUGGAAGGAGCAGCUAUAUUCACUGCAGAAGUAUGCAAGGCCUGAGCACCAGGAUCAAUAA